AUGUCGAAAUAUGUUCCCAACCGAGAUAAUUAUGACCGCGAAAAAUCAUUAUCCUACCAGUGGAAGGGACGCAUAGUAUUUAUUUCAAAUAUUCCACACCAAUACAAAGCUCAAGAAAUUAUGGUUAUCUGCAGACAAUUUGGGCGUUGUUUCAGAGUUGACGAAGCAAAGAACGAAUUAGGAAAACCUAAGGGUAUUGCAUUCGUUGAAUUUGAGAAACAUGAAGGCGCUCAAAACUGUUGUGAACAGCUUGAUGGAGCUAUUCUUUCAGGCAGAAACCUCAGAGCUGAACUUUCGGAAUUCCCUCCACCAGAGCUUAUCGAAAUAUAUAAGAAAACAGCAAAGCAAAGAGCUGAUAUCGAUUCAGGAAAAGUUGUUGUUCAAAGAAACAUUGAUGUAACAACGAGUUUAGUUGAUCCUAAUGAAAAGAAGAAAAAGGAAAAGCGAAGUUCGAAAGAAAAAAAAAGCAAAGAAUCAGAUUCCUAUUCUGACUACUAUUACGAUAGCUACGAUUAUUCAGACUAUAGCUACGACUAUUCAGACUAUAGCUAUUCUAGUGAUUCUGAAAGCAGCUGA